CUUCUCUCAGUUCUCACUUCGGCUUCCUCUUUCGUCUUCCCUAUCUCAAUUCCAAAAUCUCUUCUGAUUCUCUCCAAUCUCCGUCAGUUUCAAUCCUUCAAUCAAACAAUGCCUAUCAACAAGGAAUCUAUUCCUCCACCUGUCAUAGGCAAAAUUGGCCCUUACACUGUUUUCAUGACGCCGCCUUCUACCCCCAAGCCCUCCGACCCCGUUUUCGACUCCCCCAAGAAGAUCUCGCCUCCUCCGGUUCAGCCUCCGCCCCAGGUCUUUCACAAGCCUUCUGUUGAUGCUGGUUCCGUCUCGGGGCUUUUCAAGAAUGCGGUUAAUAAGGUGCAGACUGUGCACUCAAGUUUGGAUGACCAUUUAGCACGCUGGUUUGGCUUGAACCAAUCCAAGUACCAGUGGGCGCUUGAUGAUUAUUAUGAGAGCAAGGGAAUGGUGAGCAAUUCAUUUAUUUCUAAAAUAUUAGUGUUCAAAAUCGAUGUAAGCUUUUUCCGAUAGCAUGCAAGGCUUUGAAAUCUGGAUGUUCUUUCAUUACCUUGUUUCAAAGUGAUGAGCAGCGAAACUGCUCUCGGAAUUUGGGUACUGAAAAUGUUAUGCUAUGUUGCUAUGGAGGAUUCAGUGAUGGUUGUAGGGCUAUAAAGGGUGGGUAGGGAGAUAUAGUAUUACUUUUGUCCCUCUUGCGAUACACUGUAGUCCUCAUAAUAAUCUGAGCUCAUUUAGAGGAGCGGGUAGAUUCUCAAAGUUGUCCCUCUGCUUGCUUGAGGUGAAAAGGUGGUCAUACAGUU